UAUUUAUAGCCCCAGUCCAGGCCCUGGGAUGGCGUCUCACUCACCCCCAGAGCUAAGCCGACAUGUCCCGCCACAGCCAGGGGUGGGAAUAGCAGGCACCACCCCCAGCCAGCCGUGCGGCGCCCUGCGGUUCCCUGUGGCCCUCUGCCCGGCCUCCUGGGCUGCUCCCACUUCGUCCUUCGCCUCGGACAGGACCCCUCUCUGCUCCCAGCUCACUGCCUUCCACAGCCGAAGCAGGACUGAGCUCGAAAGCCUGGCUAGGACCCCCCACCUGUCCCCAGCAUUGCUGUGCUCUGAAUGCCCUCCCAAGGCUGCCAGGGACCUCGGCCCACCCCAGACCCCUGUGGACCACCAUCAUCAACGCCGACAUGAGAAAAAAAUGCUGCGUGGGCUGGAGGCUGGGGGUGGCAGGAGUGUGGUGGGCCCAGAGAGGGGCCCAGAGGCCUGCCAGGGUCACCCAGGGGUUGCAGGCUGGCCAGCAUGUCCGAGAAACCGCCAGAAGCCACUGGACAAUGGGACCUCCUCCAGCAAGCCUCCGGGCCGGGGAGCUGUGCUUCGUCCCUGGGUCACUGUGGGGGUCCGGAGAGCCGUGUCGGGGCCGGCCAUAAAGGUGAGGGGAGAGGAGGAAACCCGUGAGGCCACACUGACUUCCGCAUUCAGGGGAGCAGACCUGUGUGACCUCGGCCAGGGCUGGCCUCUCCGCUGGGAGGGGACCUCGCAGGACCGUCGCCAGGCUGAGAACGGGGAGACAGAGACGGAUGCACCCUGAGAGCCCCUCCUG